GGUGGUGAGGUCACAGCCCUCCCGGCCCUGCCUCCCCGCGCCCCUCCCGCUGCCGGCUGCUUCAGCCCGGGAGAACAGAAGGCGCGCAGAGGCAGGGAAUGAGGCUGCCGCGCGCGAUGGAGAAGUAGCGUGGGGGGCCGUGGAAAAUGAGGCCGGAGCUGCUGCUGCGGCUGGCACUGCUGCUCGCCCUGUCCGGCAGCCUGGCGGACAAGGGGUGUCUGUCUCCACCUUGCGAAUGCCACCAGGAGGACGACUUCAGAGUCACCUGCAAGGGUAUCCACCUCAUUCCCACCUUGCCGCCCUGGACUGAGACCCUGAAGCUCGUAGAGACACAUCUGAAAACCAUCCCCAGUCGUGCAUUUGCAAAUCUGCCCAAUAUUUCCAGGAUCUACUUGUCUAUAGACACAACUCUGCAGCGGCUGGAAUCACAUUCUUUCUACAACUUGAGUAAGAUGACUCACAUAGAAAUUCGGAAUACCAGAAGCUUAACUUACAUAGAACAUGAUGCCCUAAAAGAGCUCCCCCUCCUAAAGUUCCUGGGCAUUUUCAACACUGGACUUACAAUAUUUCCUGAUCUGACCAAAGUUUAUUCCACUGACGUAUUCUUCAUACUUGAAAUUGCAGACAACCCUUACAUGACUUCAGUCCCUGUAAAUGCAUUUCAGGGGCUGUGCAACGAAACUUUGACAGUGAAACUAUAUAACAACGGCUUUACUUCAAUCCAAGGACAUGCUUUCAAUGGAACAAACCUGGAUGCUGUUUACCUCAACAAAAAUAGAUUCCUGACAGUUAUUGACAAAGACGCAUUUGGAGGAGUCCACAGUGGACCAACCCUACUGGAUGUGUCUUACACCAGUGUUACUGCCCUGCCGGCCAAAGGCCUGGAGCACCUGAAGGAGCUGGUAGCAAGAAACACGUGGACUCUCAAGAAACUUCCCCUUUCCUUGAGGUUCCUGCACCUCAUCCGGGCUGAUCUUUCUUAUUCAAGCCACUGCUGUGCUUUUAAGAACCAGAAGAAAAUCAGAGGAAUCCUUGAGUCCUUGAUGUGUAAUGAAAGCAGUAUCCGAAGCCUACGUCAGAUAAAAUCUGUGAAUGCCUUGAAUGGUCCCACUUACCAAGAUUAUGAAGAUCUUAGCAAUAGCAAUGUUGGGUACAUGAAAAACUCCCAGCUCCAGGACAACCCCAGUAGCUCUCAUUAUUAUGUCUUCUUUGAAGAACAAGAGGAUGAGAUCAUUGGCUUUGGCGAGGAGCUCAAAAAUCCCCAAGAAGAGACUCUCCAGGCCUUUGACAGUCAUUACGACUACACUGUGUGUGGGGACAAUGAAGACAUGGUGUGCACCCCCAAGUCCGAUGAGUUCAACCCCUGUGAAGACAUAAUGGGCUACAGGUUCCUGAGAAUUGUGGUGUGGUUUGUGAGCCUGCUGGCUCUCCUGGGAAAUGUCUUUGUCCUGUUUAUCCUCCUCACCAGCCACUACAAACUGACCGUCCCACGCUUCCUCAUGUGCAAUUUGGCCUUUGCAGAUUUGUGCAUGGGGAUCUACCUGCUCCUCAUCGCUUCCGUGGACCUCUACACUCGCUCAGAGUACUAUAACCAUGCUAUUGACUGGCAGACUGGCGCUGGCUGCAACACAGCUGGUUUCUUCACUGUUUUUGCCAGCGAGUUGUCAGUGUACACACUGACAGUCAUCACCCUGGAGCGCUGGUACGCCAUCACCUUUGCCAUGCGCCUGGACCGGAAGCUCCAUCUCAGGCAUGCAUAUGCCAUCAUGGUUGGAGGCUGGGUUUUCUGCUUCCUUCUUGCCCUGCUCCCAUUGGUGGGAAUAAGCAGCUAUGCCAAGGUCAGCAUCUGCCUGCCCAUGGACACAGAGACCCCUCUUGCUCUGGCAUACAUUGUGCUUGUUUUGUCACUCAACAUUGUCGCCUUCAUCAUUGUCUGCUCCUGUUAUGUGAAGAUCUAUAUCACAGUCAGAAACCCCCAGUACAACCCUGGGGACAAAGACACCAAAAUUGCUAAGAGGAUGGCAGUGCUGAUCUUCACCGACUUCAUGUGCAUGGCUCCCAUCUCAUUCUAUGCUCUGUCAGCGCUUAUGAACAAGCCUCUCAUCACUGUCACCAACUCUAAAAUUUUGCUAGUACUCUUCUAUCCUCUUAACUCCUGUGCCAACCCAUUCCUCUAUGCUAUUUUCACCAAGGAUUUCCAAAGGGAUGUGUUCAUCCUACUCAGCAAGUUUGGAGUCUGUAAACGUCAGGCUCAGGUUUACAAGGGGCAGAGAGUUUGUUCAAAGAACAGUAUUGAUAUUCAGAACCAAAAGGCUACCCAGGGCAGGAAGCAGAGUCUCCCCAACAUGCAAGAUGCCUAUGAACUGCUUGAAAACUCCCACCUAACUCAACAUAAGCAGAGUCAAAUGUCAGAACAGUAUAAGCAAACAGUUUUGUAAAUUUAACCCAAGCUAUUCACAAUGGUAGAGGAACUUUACACAAGGCUGGUUUUAUUGAAUGUGUCCAAGCCCGUGACACACACACAGCUGACCUAAUUCUUGUGCAGGUGAUGCUUCAUGAGGCCAGAGUUCAUCUGUAGAGAGUAACUAACAUUAAACUAAUAACUGCCUACAAGAAGGAAGAGAAUCUACCAGCGUAUCUGAAUCCUGGGUGAUGUCAAAACAAUCUGCACUCUCCACAGGACUUGUCUGAUGCUAAGUUCAGAGAUGGCCCUGUGUGACAUGUUCAGCACAUAUCUACUGGGUCAUGUUAACACUGAUCUUCAUGCUUUUAUAUAGAAUUUCAUACUAAAGACUCAGUAACUGGUCACUGCUAUUAAUUGAGUUUGUGAUCACAAUAUAAAAUCAGCCUUGCAUUGACUCCACCCAACUUCAUAUUCCCCGAAAUGACCAAAGAGAGUGUUAGAGUCUUGAGAGUGAAAAGCUUAACAUGAAUAGAUGCCAUGCAGCAGCUACGGGGACGCAUGGAGGAGGAAGCAGUUUUAGUGUUAAAUUGUUUUUUUGGACUCUAAAUUACUAAUCAUCUCUUCACUGGGAUCUACCUGAUGUGAUCCAGCUGUUAUGUGUUGCCAGGAGAAACUGGUAAGGUUUCACCUUAUCUGGCCUAGCAGUGUCUUCUUGGCUAGACAAUAGCAUAAAAGAUAUGAACUCCAUAAAUUAUGUCUAAAUAGAAAAACAUUUCUAAAUAGGAAUUAAGAGCAGAGAACACUUAAUUAUCUGUUGACUGAUACAAUGAGUUAGAUGCCAGUUAGUUACAGGACUUGGAAUAAGUCAUUGGGCCCCAAAAUUCCAAAAAUAAAGGAGCUGGGUUUUAUAAUCUCUGUAUAUCUCUUUAACUCAAAACAUAUAUUUCUGUGACAAAGACAAAGAAGACCACUAAUUGAUUUUUUUUCUGUAUUGUAGAGCUGCUUUCUCCCUCUUUUUGGACCCUAAACAUAUGACCCAGGAAAUUUUUUCUGUAUUUCAUUUUUGGUCAUGCUGUCUGAACCAAAAUUCUGUUGAGUGGAUCGGUUACAAAUCAUUCAUCUACUGCUAGAAUCAUGGGGUUAAACAUAAGUUGUUCUUUAUAUAGUAGGAUAAAAAGUGUUUUGCAAAUGUUGGUUAUUUGGAGUUACUACAGUAUGCAGAGCCACUUGAAAACCUUAAAAGUCAUCUGUCUUCAAGGAUUGUUUGUCAUUUUCAGUCUAAAAUCUCACAUAGAAACUAACAAGAACAAUAACUUCUCUGCUGAUACUGCCGGCUCCUUAUAGCUAAGGUGCUCACUGGACAUAAAAUUUUUAUUCUUCACUUUUCUACUUAAAACAGUCAGGAACUUUAUCUAUGGAUAUACUCUCCAAGUUACUUUCCAUGGUAGCCCUUUAAUUUUUUGCUAGAACAGUCUCUGAGCAGAGAUGACAUUUGCUUCUCAUUGUCUAUAAACCACAGCAUGAAACAAAUGGGGUUUUCCAGUUGAAACGUGUGGAACAGGAUUAGUGGGCUCUCAGAGAUGGUCCCCACCUCACUCACCUGGAGUAUCUUCACAACCAUAACCAUUCUUGAUAACUACUGACACUUGUGCAACUCCAUAGAGGUAGUACAAACAUCUAAAAUCAUGGCUUUUCUAGCAGUUCACUUGUACUUAAUGAAUCCAAACAUGUUUUAACUUUUGGUAUAUGUUUCUCUUGUGACAUUUUGAAACAUCAAUAGAUAAUGUAUUUUAUCUUGAGUGGCUAAACUAAUAUCUUGGAAACAGUCCAAGAAAAAUGAGUUCGACAGAAUUGCUACUAAAAUUUACAUUCACAACAUGAAAUAAAUUUUCUUCAUAUGAAAUCAU